CUAAAUUCAAAAUCACUUCCCCUAGCUCACCCCUCAAAUUUCUCCUCUUCUUUCAAACGACGCUCUUUGAAUCUUCAAUCCUUCCCUGUUGAUCUGGCGCCUGGUUGAGCGGAUCACCGGCGGCAUCAUGACGGCGGCGCUAAUCUCAGCCGGACGGGAGAUAUCCGAUCCCCCGAAAGACGGCAUAUCUAAUCUCCGCUUCUCCAACCACAGCGACCACCUCCUCGUUUCUUCCUGGGAUAAGACUGUAAGGCUGUACGAUGCUAGUGCCAAUUCGUUGAGAGGAGAGUUUCUGCACGGCGGUGCUGUGCUUGACUGUUGCUUCCACGAUGACUCUUCUGGCUUCAGUGCUUCUGCAGAUAACACCGUUAGAAGGCUUGUGUUCAAUACUGGGAGGGAUGAUAUUUUGGGGAGGCAUAUUGCACCUGUUCGUUGUGUUGAGUACUCAUAUACUGGACAAGUGAUCACUGGUAGUUGGGAUAAAACCAUAAAAUGCUGGGAUUCUAGAGGAGCUAGUGGACAGGAGCAUACUCUUGUUGGGACCUAUACACAACCAGAGCGUGUUUACUCCAUGUCUCUAGUUGGCUACCGGUUAGUUGUAGCAACAGCUGGAAGGCAUGUGAAUAUCUAUGAUUUGCGAAACAUGUCUCAACCUGAACAAUGGAGGGAGUCUUCACUGAAAUAUCAGACUAGAUGUGUACGCUGUUAUCCUAACGGAACUGGUUAUGCUCUAAGUUCAGUUGAAGGUCGUGUUGCAAUGGAAUAUUUUGAUCCAUCUGAAGCUGGUCAAUCCAAAAAAUAUGCAUUCAAAUGCCAUCGAAAAUCUGAGGCUGGAAGAGACAUAGUCUACCCAGUAAAUGCCAUUGCAUUUCAUCCUAUAUAUGGCACUUUUGCAACUGGGGGUUGUGAUGGUUUUGUCAAUGUGUGGGAUGGAAACAACAAAAAGAGGUUAUAUCAGUACCCUAAAUACCCUUCAAGCAUUGCAGCCUUGUCAUUUAGCAGAGACGGCAGACUGUUGGCAGUAGCAUCUAGCUAUACGUUUGAAGAGGGACACAAACCCCAUGAACCAGAUGCCAUAUUUGUGCGCAGUGUGAAUGAAGUUGAGACAAAGCCGAAACCUAAGGUGCUACCUAAUCCUAUUGCCUAAGAGGGUGUUGGUAACAUUUGAUAAGCCAUGAUGCAAUGCACUUGAAUAUAUUUGUAGCGUAAAUUUACUCUACAAAUAUGUUUUGUCGCAUUUCAUCAAGUCUUACCAAACUACCCUCGACGCGUCUUGGUUCCACUCAUUGUAUAUCAUCAUCAUCAUCAAGCAAAACAUUUGCUUGAAUUGUGAAAACCGACACUCUUCUCUUUCUAGUUUCUGCUUUGAUUAGGGCCAUUUUAGCUGCUAAAAUUUAGAUGUUUAGCUUUCUGUGUGUUAAACUUCCCCAAUUAUUGUCUUUAAGGUAGUCCUAUGCACUUCACCUAACAAAACUCACAUACAAAUUAGGUAAAUGGGAGUGCGUGGGGCGUGGGUUGGAUAGUACUCCCACCGUUCGGUAGAAAAUUCCAUUCUUUUUUGUUCGUCAAAAAAACUUUGGUUUCUUUU